CGGGGGUUUGACGUGGUGAUAGCGAGCCGAGACCUGCGCCAGCGCCAUCACCCCUUCUGAGGGCCGGCUUCUCGCUCCUGGGCUUCGGCUAAGUCCGGCCGGCCGGUCUGAUGCCGGGUGUUGGGGAAUGCGGGUCGGAGUCUGUGGAGGAGAGAUGGCUGGUAAAUGACCAGAAAUGAAGUUAUUCAUGCAAUGCCUCUGUGGCUGUGAAUUUAAUAACACAAAAUGAAGAAGAUUAAAUUUGAAAUUAGCUGGAUUGUGUUUGUAUUAGCUUACUUAUGUUCAGUGCAAACUGCAGAACAUGUAGCUAUGGCCAAACAUGUGAUCAAAUUGCACAGAGGGAGAGGGGCUGCAGUCACUAAAGGGAAGCUCUGGAUUAUGGACAAUUGUAAGAGGCUGUCUGGAAUGCUUCACCAAAAGAAUGUAGUGAUCAACAAAAUGAAGAAAGCAAUUGAAACUGUAGAAAAGGACUCCAGACUGUCUGUAGAAGAAAAGAUCUUCCAGAUUCACACCUUUGAGACUUUUCAAAAAGAGUUGAAUGAAAGUGAGAAAUCAGUGUUCCAGGCUGUCCAUGGGCUUGAGAGGGUUCUUCAGGGGGACUACAAAGAUAUAGUAAAUAUGAAAGAAAGCAGCAAACAACGCCUUGAAGCCUUAAGAGAAGCUGCUAUAAAGGAAGAAAAAGAAUAUGUUGAGUUAUUGGCUGCAGAGAAACACCAAGCCGAGGUGCUAAAAAAUAUUCAGCAUGCAAAUAAAAGCUUGUCAAUCCUUGAUGAAAUUCUCGAGGAUGUGCGGAAGGCGGCUGAUCGUCUGGAGGAGGAGAUUGACGAUCACGUCUUUGACAACAACAAACUGAUACAUGGUGGAAAUGUUGAAGCAGUCAUCAGAGUUGAAGAGGUUGAAGAAGACCGUAAACAGAACAUUUCCAUGCAUGAGGUGCAUGAUGGUUUGGGGCUGAGCAUGCUCAUUGACUCACAGAACAACCAGUAUAUACUGACAAAACCAAGGGAUUCAACCAUCCCCAGAGCUGAUAUCCAUUUUAUAAAGGAUAUAAUAUCCAUUGUAGUAUUAUCUCUGCCAUGUGCCUGGAUUUGUACCCUGAUGGGGCUUCCUACUAUGUUUGGUUAUAUCAUUUGUGGAGUGCUGUUGGGUCCUUCAGGACUAAACUAUAUCAAGUCUAUUGUUCAAGUGGAGACUCUUGGUGAAUUUGGAGUAUUCUUCACUUUGUUUUUCGUUGGUCUUGAGUUUUCACCUGAUAAACUCAGAAAGGUCUGGAAGGUUUCUUUGCAAGGUACUAAUUAUGUGACAGUCCUGAUGGUUGCAUUUGGAUUACUCUGGGGCUAUCUGUUGAGAAUUAGGCCAACACAAAGUAUCUUUAUUUCUACAUGCUUGUCUCUAUCAAGUACCCCUUUGGUGUCCAGAUUCCUUGCUCUUGGUGCCAGAGAAGAGAAAGAAGGGGAUGCGGAUUAUAGCAGUGUAUUGCUUGGAAUGCUGGUGAUGCAGGAUGUUCAGCUGAGUUUAUUCAUUGCCGUGAUGCCCAUGCUGAUUCAAGCAGGCAAUAGCACUGCUAACAGUAUAAUAUUAGAGCUGCUGAGGAUUUUCGCUCUUAUUGGUCAAGUUCUGUUUUCGUUGGCUGCAAUUCUUUUGAUGUCCCUUGUGAUAAAGACUUAUCUCAUUGGACCGUUUUACAGAAAACUACACACUGAGGGUAAAGGAAAUAGAGAGAUAAUUGUCCUAGGAAUAUCUGCAUUUAUCUUUCUUAUGUUAAUGGUAACUGAAAUACUCAACAUCUCCAUGGAACUUGGUUGCUUUUUGGCUGGGGCAUUAAUUUCAUCACAAGGCCACAUAGCUACAGAGGAAGUCAUGUACUGUAUGGAACCUAUACGGGAUUUUUUGGCCAUCAUUUUCUUUGCCUCAGUUGGUCUUCACGUGUUUCCAACAUUUGUGCUUUAUGAACUGACUGUCCUAAUGUGCCUUACACUGACUGUGGUGGUAUUUAAGUUUAUCUUAGCAGUUCUUGUCCUCUCUCUGAUUCUCCCAAGAAACAGCAGGUACAUCAGAUGGAUAGUUUCUGCUGGCUUAGCGCAAGUCAGUGAGUUUUCCUUUGUUCUGAGUAGUCGGGCCCGUAAGUCAGGGAUUAUAUCUCGAGAGGUGUACCUUCUCAUUCUCAGUGUCACUACUUUAAGCCUUUUACUUGCCCCUGCAUUGUGGAGAGGAGCAAUUUUGAAAUGUGCACCAAAACCAGACAGGCGAUUGACCACGUGAUCAUGGUCCAUUCACCUCACUUGUUAAAUGUUGGAGAUCGCUGCCUCCUGCUGUUCUCAAAGUCUCCUUAAGAGACUUCUAGUAGAAAGCUGUACCAAUAGAAGUAUGGAAUUUGGUUUCCCUGGCUUUAAGGUGACAACUGGAAAGGCAAAGGUCACUUUGAAUCUACUGCUGGAACAUUUCAUACUGCUUCAUAUUCCUCAUAUUCAAAUAAAGAAAUGGACUUUUGGAGCAAAAUUACACUGAAAUGUGCUGAACUUUAUAAUAUACUUUGUGGAAUACCAAUUAAAGGAAGCAAGAAGACAUAUUUUUGAUAAGUAUGUAUUAAUUUUUAGGUGCUGGUGAUGUUUUCAUUGGGAGGUGGUAGAACUACAUUCAUCCACUCAGUGUACAUUCCAGACUGGCUUAAAUUCAUAUUUCAGAGGCUUUUUGAACUACUUGAAUUUAAAUUUGUUGCCUGUAUCAUGACUAAUCGCUACCUAAUUGUCUGCCUUGAUUACAUUUCAAAAGAUACCCUUCAGGUCUCUCUAUAACUUACUACUUCUAUCUAUUGCUACCUAUAGUGUAUGCUUAAUUUAAUGUAUAAUUGUCUCCCAAAGUCCUUACUAGUCAUUUCCAAAUUCUGUGAAGAGCUCAUGGCCUGGUAUAGACAUCUAGGAAUACUGCUGUUUGUAUCUCACUAAUUGAUAAACAGAUCCAUUACCCCAACUUUCUGAGUCCUGUCAUCUAACCUGUUUAUGACUCAAUAUAGUGAGGCUUAUUGUGAACUCCAUACAUUGCAAAGUUCCAUGCAAAGGAGCCCUUUUUGACAAACGUAGCUAACUUUUAUAGAGUCACAGAAACAGGCCCUUUGACCCACCUAGUCUGUGCCAAACCAUUAAUCUUCCUAGUCCUGUCAACUUGCACCUGGACCAUAGCUCUCCAUAGCCUUCCCACCCAUGUACCCGUACAGAUUUCUCUUGAAUGGUGAAAACAAGCUCGCAUCCACCACUUGCUGUGGCAGCUCAUUCCACACAUUCACCACACUCUGAAGAAGUUCCCUCUUGUGUUCCCCUUAAAAUUUCACCUUUCACCUUUAACCUAUGACUUCUAGAUGUAGUCCCACACAAACGCUGUGGAAAAAGCCUGCUUGCAUUUACCCUAUUUAUACCCCUCAGAGUUUUGUAUACCUCCAUCAAAUCUCCCCUCGAUCUUCUACAUUCUAGGGAAUAAAGUCCUAACCUUUUCAGUCUUUCCCUAUAAUUCAGGACCUCAAGUCCCAGCAAUAUCCUUGUAAAUUUUCUCUGCACUCUUUCAAUCUUUCCUGUAAAUACAAAAGGUGUCCGAAAGUGCGCACAAUACUCCAAGUUAGGCUUCACCAAUAUCUGAUGCAAUGUCCCAUCUCCUGUACUUAGUACAUUGAUUUAUGAAGGCCAAUGUGACAGAAGCUUGCUUUAUGACCUUAUCUACCUAAGACACCACAGUCAAGAAAUUAUGGAUCUGCAUUCCCAGAUCCCUUUGUUCUACCGCACUCGUCAAUGCCCUACCAGUCACUGUGUAAGACCUACUCUGCAUUGAUCUUCCCAAUCUCAUACUUGCCUGCAUUAAAUUCCAUCUGCCAUUUUUAAGCUCGUUUUUCCAGCUGGUACAGAUCCCACUGCAUGCUUUGAUCAUCUUCUUCACUGUCCACUACACCCCCAAUCUUGGUGUCAUCCACAAAUUUGCUAAUCCAGCUUAUCCCAUUAUCAUCCAGAUCAUUGAUAUAGAUGACAAACAACAAAGGACACAGCACUGAUCCCUGCAACAUGCCAAGAGUCGCGAGCCUCUAUUUAGAGAGGUAACCAUUUACUACCACUCUCUGGCUUCUCCCAUGAAGCCAAUGUCUAAUCCAAUUUCCUACCUCAUCUUGAAUGGCAAGAAACAGAACCUUCUUGACUAACUUCCCAUGUGGGACCUUGUCAAAGGCCUUGCUAAACAACAUCCACUGCCUUUCCUUCAUCAAAUUUCCUGCUAACUUCCUUGAAAAACUCUGAAGAUUGGUUAGUCAAGACUUAGCAGGCACAAAGCCAACUUGACUAUCCCUAAUCAGUCCCUGUUUAUUCAAAUACUUAUAUAUCCAUUCCCCAAGAAUACCUUCCAAUAACUUUCCCACUCCUGCUGUCGGGCUCACUGGCCUGUAAUUUCCUAGUUUAUUCUUAGAACUGCUCUUGAAAGCGGAACAACACUAGCUACCCUCAAAUCCUCCGGCAUCUCACCCAUGGCUAAAUAUGUUUAAAAUAUCUCUGCUGGAGUCCGGGCAAUUUCUGCACUAACCUCCCACAGAAUUCAGGGGACACCUUGUCAGGCCCUUGGGAUUUAUCCACCUAAUUUGCCUCAAAACACCUCCUCUUCUGUAAUCUCUAAAGGGUCCAUGAGUUUGAUGCCACUUUGCCUCACUUCCACCUCUCGAGUAAAUACAGAUGCAAACUAUCCAUUUAAAAUCUCCCCCUCUCUUUUGUCCUGCUUGGUGGCUCAAUAAUAUCAGCGCCGGACUUCGGAGCGAAGGUUCCCAAGUUCGAAUCCAAGUCGGGUUGAGCGUCGAGCUAGCAACUCGGCCUCGUAAAAACACGAAUAGCUUGCUACGGAAACACCAUCAUGACGGUGCCCCAAUAUCUCCACUGCUGAGUUAAGGGCUCUUCUUCUUCUUCUUCCUCUCUUUUGGCUCCAUGCAAAGAUUACUGCAAUGAUCUUCCAUAGGACCAAUUUUGUCCCUUGCUACCCUUUUGCUCUUAAUUUAUCUGUAGAAGCCCUUAGGAUUCUCCUUCACCUUCUUUGCUAGAGCAACUUGUGCCUUCUUUUAGCCCUCCUGAUUUAUUUCUUAUGUGUUCUCUUGCAUUUCUUUUACUCCUCAGUACCUCAUUUCUUCCUGCUAUGCACCUCCUCUUUCCUAAGCAGAGCAUUAAUAUUUCUCAAACCAGGGUUCCAUAAACCUUGUAUCCUCGCCUUUUAUUCUGACAGGAACAUACAAACUCUGUACUCUCAAAGUUUCACUUUUGUAAGCCUCCCACUUACCAAGUACACCUUAUCAGAAAACAGCCUGUUCCAAUCUACACUUGCCAGCUCCUUUCUAAUACUAUCAAAACUGGUUGGUAUUGAUCGGAAUCUUAACUGGAAGACCAGACCUAUCUUUUUUCCCAAAUUUACUUUGAAACUAAUGGCGUUAUGAUUACUAGAUGCAAAGUGUUUCCUUACACAAACCUCUGUCACCUGCCCUGUCUCAUUUGCUAAUAGGAGACCUAGUAUCACACUCUCUCUAGUUUGGACUUCUGUGUGCUGAUUAAGGAAACUUCCUUGAACACAUUUGAUAAACUCUUUCUCAUCCAGCUCUUUUACAGUAUGGGAAUCCUAGUCAAUGUGGAAAGUUAAAAUCAUGUACUAUCACAACCUUGUUUCAUGCAACAGUCUGCAAUCUCUCUCUAAAUUCCGCUGUUGGGUGGUGUAUAAUGUAAUCACAUUUAUGUGGGCUAUACCUUUUUUAUUCCUCAGUUCUACUAAUAAAGCCUCACUCGAUGAGACCUCCAGUCUGUCCUGAGCACUGCCAUGAUAUUUUCUAUACAAGUAAUGCCACCCCUCCCACUCUGUCACUGCUAAAACAAUGGAACUCCAAAAUACUGAGCUGCCAGUCCUGUCCCUCCUGUGACCAAGUCUCACUAACGGCUACAAUACCAUAAUUCCACGUGUUGAUCCAUACCCUAAGCUCAUCCAUCUUUCCUACAAUACUCCUUGCAUUGAAAUAUACGCAGCACAGGAUAUUAGUCCUACCUUUUAAUUCCUGACUUUGUAUGUAGGAGUUACAACAUCUUUCUCCACAACCACUCCACCGUGUUCUAGCACUCUGAUUCUCAUCCCCAUGCAGCUCUAGUUCAAACUCACCCCCCCCCACCCCCAAUGUAGCAUAAGCAAACCUUCCCACAAGGAUAUUGUUCCCCUGAAGUUCAGAUGCAAACAGGUCUCAGCUUCCCUGAAAGAGAGCCCAAUGGUCCAAAAAUCUGAAGCCCUCCCUCCUGUACUGUCUCCUUAGCCAUGUGUUAAACUGUAUGAUCUUCCUCUUUCUGGCCUCACUAGCACAGGUAGCAACCGUGGAUGGCCUGACCUUUAACUUAGUACCUAACUCCCUGAACUCACUGAACUCACUUUGCAGGAUCUCAUCACCCCUCCUACCCAUGUCAUUGGUACUGAUGUGGACCAUGACCUGUGGUUGCUCACCUUCCCACUUAAGAAUGUUGUGGACCUGGUCUGAAAUAUCCCUGACCUUGGCAUCCGGGAUGCAACAUCUUGGAAUCUUGUUCUCAACCACAGAACCUACUUUCUGUUCACAGAACCAACAAAUUCCUCAUCACUUCAGCUCACUUCUUCAAAUUCCCCUAUCACUUCGGCUCACUUCAACAAAUUCCUCAUCACUUCAGCUCACUUCUUCGAAUUCCCCUAUCACUUCGGCUCAUUUCAACAAAUUCCUCAUCACUUAGCUCACUUCAACAAAUUCCUCAUCACUCAGCUCACUUCUUCUUCUUCUCCCAUCCCCGCCCCCCCCACUUCCCUUCUGAGCCACAGUGUCAGGCUCAGCUGUUUUGUUUCUUGGUACAGGUUUUAAACAUCUUGACACACAGUUACCACAAUUCAAGGCUGUGUGAAGUUGGAGUGCAGAUGGGGCAGGGAGAUGGCACUUCCUACCUGACCGCAUUCAUCCAUUGUAUCUGAAUGGUUACUUUAGUCAUCGUUCCAAACAAGAUCUAGCUCAUCCACCCCACCCCCCCACCACCAUCUUACCUUAGUAAUGAAAUAAUAUUUCAUUAUUUGGGCCACACCGUUUUUUGUUGAUUGAGAAAUACAGAGGGGCUGCACUCUGUACAGUAUUUAUUGAAUCUACACUCAUCCAGGCAAGGAGAGAGUGUACCUUUACCUUUUGGACACGGUAAAAUUAAACACAUGCACUGAAGUUAUUUCACAAUGUGUCUUAGACAGUGCCACUGGUUCCAUAUCAUGGCGUGUUUUCUGCAGUGUAAAGAUCAGAACACUUCAAUAGAACAAUCUGCUGCACUAUGCAAAAGAAAACCCAAUUGUCUCAGUUUUGUUCAAGCAUGAUCGCUCAUUCUCAAGUCCAUAAGACGAUAAGACAAAGAAGCAGAAGUUGGCCAUUUGGCCCAUUGAGUCUGCUCCGCCAUUUUAUCAUGAGCUGAUCCAUUCUCCCAUUUAGUCCCACUCCCCCGCCUUGUCACCAUAACCUUUGAUGCCCUGGCUACUCAGAUACCUAUCAAUCUCUGCCUUAAAUACACCCAAUGACUUGGCCUCCACUGCCGCCCGUGGCAACAAAUUCCAUAGAUUCACCACCCUCUGACUAAAAAAAUUUCUUCGCAUUUCUAUUCUGAAUGGGCGCCCUUCAAUCCUUAAGUCAUGCCCUCCCGUACUAGACUCCCCCAUCAUGGGAAACAACUUUGCCACAUCCACUCUGCCACAUCCACUCAGUCCAUGCCUUUCAACAUUCGAAAUGUUUCUAUGAGGUCUCCCCUCAUUCUUCUAAACUCCAAGGAAUACAGUCCAAGAGCGGACAAACAUUCCUCAUAUGUUAACCCUCUCAUUCCUGGAAUCAUUCUAGUGAAUCUUCUCUGUACCCUCUCCAACAUCAGCACAUCCUUUCUUAAAUAAGGAGACCAAAACUGCCCACAGUACUCCAAGUGAGGUCUCACCAGCGCCUUAUAGAGCCUCAACGUCGCAUCCCUGCUCCUAUACUCUAUUCCUCUAGAAAUGAAUGCCAACAUUGCAUUCGCCUUCUUCACUACCGACUCAACCUGGAGGUUAACCUUAAGUCCUGUACGAGGACUCCCAAGUCCCGUUGCAUUUCCGAACUUUGACUGCUUUCCCCAUUUAAAUAAUAGUCUGCCCGUUUGUUAUUUCUGCCAAAGUGCAUAACCAUACACUUUCCAACAUUGUACUUCAUUUGCCACUUCUCUGCCCAUUCUUCCAAUUUAUCCAAGUCUAUUCUUGUUCUGCUACAAAAAGUGUCACUCCUCAGAACUUUAAAGGUAAGCUGUUGCUUGACUUAUUCCCACCAGAUUUACUGAUUUCACUCUGCCUUCUGUAUCUGGUUUCCGUGUCACUGUCUGCAUUGUGCUCCUUCAUAUCACCACCUGGACAAAACCCAUAUAAUAUCGUCGUUGAAGAACAGGUCAGGGUUUGGGUACCUUUUGGCAAUACAAACCCCUUGUACAGUGUGUAACCCACAAGUCAGAAGUGUGAUGGAAUACUCCCUCCUUGCCUGGAUGAGUGCAGCUCCAACAAAAACUCAUUAAGUUUUACAUUACCAGGAUAAAACCUGCAAGGCAGAUAGGAACCCCUUCCAUCACCCAAGACAAUGUUAUUUCACCAGCUGACACUGCAGUCGACAAACUACAAUUACUUAUCCAGGCUACUCCCGCAGCCACAAACUCUGUCACCCAAGGCCGAGGGCCGCAAGUGAAUUGGAACACAAACUCUGCAAAGUCCUUGCUAAGUUGCACAUCAUACUUAUUUGAAAGUCAAUAGUCCUUCAUUGUACUGGAUCUAAAUCGUGUACCUGCAACAUUACUGUAGUAGCACCUUGGACCAGGACAGCAGAAGUUCAGGAAGAUAGUUCAUCACCACCUUGAGGAUGAUAAGGGAUAGGCAAUAAACACUGACUCUGCCACUGAAGCACAAAUACCCCAGAAAAAUAAAAUUCCAUUUAAGAAAGAAAUCCUAAAAUUGCUGCUUCUGCAAAUUGAUAUUUCUUUGGAUUUCGUUUUUAAGAGUUUUACUUAAGAAUUAUCAAGUAUUUAACUGCCAUUUUUUGAAUUAUAGCAUCCGGUUUCCUAAUACUGGGCUGAAUUUGCAAGGAAUUUCCACAGUUCUUCUGACUGCUUGCUGGAAGAAAUCCUGGGUGCACUACAUUUAAGAUAUUGAUAAGGUUAAAACAAAACUGAGUAGGAAAAUCCAGGAAUAAUUGUUUUUACUUGGAGGGUAGGAAAUUGUCAUCAGUAAUGGUUUGCAUUUUCAUUUUGAAUAUAUGUGAAGAGGCACAACCUGCUAUUAAUUUAGAGCAUUGUAGAACUUUAACAAAUAAUAGAAAUGUAAUGAAACCAUUUGAGUCAUUGCAUAUUCAUAUCAUGUAUUGGCUAUCACUGCGAUGUCUGUUCCUUUUAACAAUUCUUGAAAUAAAGGUAAGAUUAAUAAUUUUA